AUGGCUACCACCGUCAUCUGUCGGUCCGCUGCCUGUCGUUCGUUACUUUCCAAAAACGCAUCUAGCAUACGCGAAUCACGGCAUGUGUAUCGCCUCCGUGAUGCUGUCCGACCGCAAUUACCCACCCUUUCAGCCCUUGCCAGAUACUAUGCCUCAAAAUCUUACCCUCCACACACAAUUAUUAGCAUGCCCGCGUUAUCCCCAACAAUGACUGCUGGCAAUAUCGGGGCUUGGCAGAAAAAAGCCGGAGAUGUCCUUUCUCCCGGUGAUGUGCUAGUGGAAAUCGAAACAGACAAGGCCCAGAUGGAUUUCGAAUUCCAAGAAGAAGGAGUUCUGGCAAAGAUUCUAAAGGAAGCUGGCGAGAAAGAUGUUGCCGUGGGCAAUCCAAUUGCAGUCAUGGUGGAAGAGGGGACUGAUAUUUCUUCUUUCGAGUCCUUCUCUCUGGAAGAUGCUGGUGGGGAGAAAACGCCUGCUGCAAACAAGGAGCCUCCGCAACCUCAGGAGCCGGAAUCCAGGCCUGCUCCCACAACCGAAGAAUCGAAGCCCGCAGCUCUGGAGUCCGAGUCUACCAGUGAGAAAUUACAAUCGAGUCUUGACAGAGAGCCGUUCAUUGCUCCCGCAGUCAAGGCUUUGGCGUUGGAACGAGGCGUGCCGCUCAACGAUGUCAAGGGCUCCGGUCCUGGUGGGCGAGUGACAAAACAAGAUAUCGAAAAAUACCAGCCCCGCGCCGCAGCUACGGGUGCUACUUUGCCAGCUUAUGAAGAUAUCCCUGCCACAUCCAUGCGCAAAACCAUCGCAAACCGCCUCGUCCAAUCCGUCCGAGAAAAUCCACACUACUUCGUAACCUCAAACCUUUCCGUUACUAAGCUUCUCAAGCUGCGCCAGGCCCUCAAUGCCUCCGCAGAUGGUAAAUACAAGCUCUCGGUUAACGAUUUCAUUGUCAAAGCCUGUGCAGCCGCCCUCUUAAAAGUGCCUGCAGUAAACUCGAUGUGGAUCGAGGAAAACGGCCAAGUGAGCAUCCGCCAGCACAAGACGGUCGACAUCAGUGUUGCGGUAGCCACUCCCGUCGGCCUCAUUACACCCAUAGUGAAGAACGUCGAAACUCUCGGCCUGUCCAGCAUCUCCAGCCAGAUCAAAGAUCUGGGUAAGCGCGCUCGCGAGAAUAAGUUGAAGCCCGAGGAAUACAUCGGUGGCACCUUUACGAUCAGCAACAUGGGCAUGAACUCUGCCGUUGAGCGUUUCACCGCCGUCAUCAACCCGCCACAAGCUGGUAUACUAGCUGUGGGUACGACGCGCAAGGUAGCUGUGCCCGUGGAAGGUGAGGAGGAGGGCAACGCGAGCUCUGUGAAAUGGGAUGACCAGAUUGUGGUGACUGCCAGUUUCGACCAUAAAGUUGUUGAUGGAGCGGUGGGGGCCGAGUUUAUGAGAGAGCUGAAGAAUGUUGUGGAGAACCCUCUCGAGCUACUUCUUUAG